GCUUCUUUGCACUGCACACCAGCCAGUGGAGACUGCAGUUGUUAUUCAGAAGGCUGCCUUUUGAUGAUUUUACAGCUGGACAAUCCUAGACCUGAUUUUUGGGGUGUUUCAGCAGAAAGGGGCAAAACUCUGGACUUGAAGGACGGGCUCACCUGAACACGCUGGUGGAUAUUUGUUUUAACACAUCCAAACCCAGUUCUUAUCACCACUACAUCCGCCAGCAGAGCAGGUCAAGGGCAAGCGUUCAUUUCAAUGCUGUUCCAUUGAAUCAGUAGGACAGAGAAGCAGUACAGACAAGGCAUUGUGCCCCUGCAAUUGAAAUACCAACCAGCUGAAAAUAUCAAAGACCAUCCUGGACAAAGAGUUUCUCAGAACUCCUGUCCUCUUGUUGGGCUUCAAUCUGCUAUUUUGAAUUCAAAAAGUGAUCUAAAGCUGCGCAUCACUCAGGAGCGUAAGGUGACAAGGGCAGAGGAUUGCUUGCAGGCAGCCAUGGUGCGCGAGGGUGGCGUGGCGGUGGCUCCAUCCAAAUGGGGCCUGUGGGCUUUCGCCACUUUGAUGCUCGCAGCACUCUGCUUGUCCGACCAGGCCAUCCGAUGCCCGGUGUGCUCCGAGGAGAGGCUAUCCAGCUGUCAAUUGCCGGAAAACUGUGAGGAGACAGUGCGGGAGCCUGGCUGUGGCUGCUGCCCCACAUGUGCCCUGCCUAAAGGGGCACAUUGUGGCGUCUACUCCCCCCGAUGUGGUAGUGGCCUGCGCUGCUACCCGCCACAGGGCAUUGAGAGACCACUGCACUCCCUCAUGCAUGGCCAGGGGGUGUGCACCGAUGAAAGAGAGGUGGAGGAAAACUCAGUGAUGGAAAGGCAGGAUGAAAUCAUCCCCGAGCACCCAAACAACAGCAAUAUCCGAUGCAGUACACAAGACAAACGGUGUAUACAGAAAACCCUGGCUCGACUCCCACUGAAAUCUACAAAUCAGAGAAGCAACACAGCUAGGGAGGAAGCCAAGGCUGCACUGGCUCCAUGUCGCGCUGAACUCCAGAGAGCACUGGACAGAUUGGCGUCGAAUUCCCGCACUCAUGAUGAUCUCUUCACAAUUCCCAUUCCCAACUGUGACAAAAAUGGAGAUUUCCACACUAAACAGUGCCAUCCAGCACGUGAUGGGCAGCGAGGAAAAUGCUGGUGUGUGGAUCAGAAGACGGGCAUGAGACUGCCAGGCCCACUAGAGCUGCGAGGGGAACUGGACUGCCACCAGUUAAUGACUGAUACUCUGAGGGAUUGAAAAGCAAGGGAUUCUAUUGAGGGUACUGGAGCAGCUUCGUUCUACUGGUGCUUAUGAGCUGAUCUACAUAAGGAAACGCCCCGCAGUCUCACUUCAUUUGAGGCCAGCGGUACUUGAGCUAGUGCAACAAAAGCAACAAGUUUGAAAUUGUGAUGACGUCUUUUGUUGUUGUUUGGUUUCUGUGCGUAUAUGAGCCUCUUUGGCACUUGACACGUAUUGUUUCGACGAGGUGGAGUUACGACUUACAGUCAGUCAUUAGGUACUGUACAUGCUUUAACAGGUGUCAGUAAAAAAAAAAUGAACAAAAGGGAAAUGUUUCAUUUUCUCUCAUACCUGGUAGAUUAAGAUCUGGAAUCCGACCGUAGUAUGUCUAGUUCAUCCAGUUGACUGCGUAAAAUGAAAUUAGAUAAAAAUGAGAAGGGUCAGGCUCUUCUUCCUCCUUGUUGAAAUGUAGAGAUGAAUUUGAAAAUGUGGAAUACUAAACAGUGAAGAGUUUUUUUCACCCUUUUAUAUUUGUUUACCCCAAACAAAUUCUCUGUAAUGCACAGGUUCGAAAAGACUAGACUAUUGAACUCAAACAAUUUGGUGUUGAUUGGAUUAUCUUGUUUCUCCGGCUGCAGCAAAUAUGCUAAAUGACUCUGUCACGUGAGCUUUGAUUUAUUAAUACUCGCCAACAUUGGAUAAUAAAAAUAAAAAUGUGUCUAGCACACAAAUACGAUCAAAGUGAGGAAAGUUUUAUGAGAGGCAGUAAAUCAUUAUCGUCAUCGUAACCACAUCCAUAUCCAAAGCUGAGUAGAGUAGCCAAAAAUUGAACUCAAGCAAGAGAAGUGUUACUUCAAAAUAAUAGUACUCAAACAAAAGUAAAAGUAGUCAUUCAAAAAAUGUACUCAAGUUCAAGUAAUAAAGUAUUUGGUGAAAAUAAUAUAUGGCGGAAAACACUCAAGUGACUUGAAGUUCCGCUCUGAGACCCCCAAUUUGGACAAAUUUCAAAAUUGUCUGACAUGCAUGUGUGAUACAUCAUUGGAAAGCUUAAAAUCUCAAUUUUCUGGGGUAUGAAAAAAUUUGAACUGGAGGGUAUUUAAAAAAAAAAAAAAAAGUUAAACAGCAAAACCCUAUCUGAAGGUGAGAUCACACGAGAGCAGAAUUACAGACGCCAUGACUUUAACAAGAUAUUAUCGCGUACUUACCUUAUUUCGAUCCAAAAACUCCACGUAGCAUGUAUCACCGAGUGUCAAGACACAGCUGUGAAUGGCCACAGCUCGAUUUUUGGGGGAUUUUAUGGGUGAAACAUGGUAAUAUAAUAAAAGUCGCGAUGCAGAAAUCGCAGACAUCAAGGAGGGGUCGAGAUUUUCUUUUUCAUAUAUUUACCCUUUUAAACAUAUUUUUUCAAAUUUUUUUUUUUUUUUGGGAUCGAUUAUUUAUCAUCUAACAUAUCGGAGAAAAUGUGACGGUAACAAACAAAAAAAUACAAAUAAAGUGAUAGUUAUGAGGUAGAUAUCCGUCACAUUUUUUCAUUGUGAUGUAAUUUGUUUAAAACUUUAAAAUAUGUGAGUAAAUAAUUUUUUAAAGUAGUUUCUUUUUUUUUUUUUUUUAGACGAAAUAUUAGACAUCUAUUAAUGAUUCUAAGCUAAAAAUGACAGACAUGUUGAAUAAUAAAUAUAAUUACUUACCUUCUUUAUAUGGCUGGGUUGAAACAAAAGCGGUUGCGGGACGUCUGUAAACGGGGGGGUUUUCAGUGUAAAACGGACAACUUAUCAAUAGAUCGGGGAUGUAUUGCGCCAUGAAUCUGAUAUGGCAGCAUAUACACAUAUUGUUCUAUCAGACACAACAGUUCUUUUGGCUUAAAAUACAGUAGUUUAUUUUAUAGAGGGGUGCGAGAGCUGCUUUUUCAGCCUUGUGUGUGUGUGUUUCCGUCAUAUAUAUAUUUUGAAAACAAUGAUAUUUUGGUAACACUUUACAAUAACUAUCCGUUAUAACUAGUUAAUAGAUCAGUAGUAAACUGUUCACAAAUUAUUUAUUGUUGAUCUAUGAAGUGUUUGUUAACACUUUGUUAAGCAUUCAUAAUGAGGCCCAACAGAUGGUUAAUGUCAUAAAUAAACUGAUGGUUAAUGAGCAAUACAUGACUUGAAAACUAUGUCAAUGAUUUUUACCUACAUCUUAUAAUUUAGCAAUAUGCCAUUAACAAGCUAUUACUAUCUUACUAACAAAUGACUUAUUAAGUAUCAGUUUAUUUAUAUUAUUGUGACGUUAUUCUAAAGUUGCAACGACUCCUCAUUUUUUAAUUGUGAGUGAAUGAGAAAUAAGUUCUAUUUUAGAAUAAUGUCCCAAUAACACACAUAAGCUUAUAACUAUUCUUAAUAUUUUAAUUCACACUUUACAGAUCAGUUGUUAAUAGCUAGCUAACCAUCUAAUAAAUUUUGAAGAACAGAAAAUAAUUUGAAGAAGUUCAAGGUACAGAAUUUUGAUGUGUAUCAAAAUGAUGAUUGUUCCACCCAUAGGCCCUUCUGUGUGCUGUACUUUACCAAAGAAACACCAAAUAUGAAAUGUUGAAAAUUGUUUAAUGCAUAGAAACACACAUACUUAGCCAUCACAUGGCAGAACAACAAAAUAGAACAAAAUAGUACAAACCCAUGAGUUUGCGACACUUUAUGUGCUAAACACACAAUAAGCUGAAUUUAUGAGGGGCAUUUACCGUCCGUAAAUCACAACAAACUGUUGACAAACACUUAACAAGUCAACAAUAAAUCAUUUAACAGUUUAGUAAUGAUGUAUUAACUAGGUAUAACAUAGUUAGUAUAAAGUAUUACCAGAACGGUAAUUAACAAGUCAACAAUAAAUCAUUUAUUACCAGUUUAGUAAUAAUGCAUUAACUAGUUAUAACGGAUAGUUCUUAUAAAGUGUUACAGGUAUUUUUUUUCUCAGCACAAAGUUAUCUAUAUGAACUGUUAUUAUAUUAUUGUUAUGUACUACAGCAUAUAACAUAACCACAUUAAGCUUAAAAAAAAAAAAAAAAUGACAAGAUAAAAAAAAUUGGUAUAAUGGAGUCAUUUGAUUAUUGUUGCCACAUCUCAAUGGUGAAACUGCGUACGCUAUUUUUGGCAUUACCCCCCCCCCCCCCCCCCCCCAAAGUAAAAUUUAAUAUGUGGAAAAAGAGGAAAAAUGGAACGACUAGUGUAGCCCAAAGUAGUUGAGUAAGAUUAGCGUUACUUUUUUACAAAUCUACUCAAGUAAAAUUAAAAACUAUGGCUUAGUAAAACUACUCUUAGAAGUACAUAUUCCCCACAAAGUUUCUCAAGUAAAUGUAACGUGUUACUACCCACCUCUGUCCAUACAGUAUCUAAAUUGUUUUAUCUCCUGUGAGUGUGUGAGAAUAAGUUCAAGGUACACUAUAGGGUUAAGUAUUUUAAAAGGGCACUUUAAGUCAAUCUAAAAGGCCAAGAAUGAAGGCUGUCUACAAGUGCAGUAAUAGAAAAUGUGUUUCCAAAGGAAACUUAUUUUUUAAUUUCUCUACAUAUGUUGACAUGUCAAACAACAACACUGAAAAUAUAACAGUACAACACAAGGUUUUAUUUAAACUAACAUAGAAUUAUGGGGAAAUGCCAUAAUGUAAACUGUACAGGGGUUGGACAAAAUUUUGGAAACACCUUAAUAAAUCAACAAAAAAUGAUUUAUUAUGUUGUUGGUCCACCUUUUUGCGGCAAUUCUUCGAGGUAUUGAUUCAUACACCUUGUGAAUUGUUUCCAAAAGAAUUUUAAACCUUUCUUUAGUUAGAAUACCCUCUAACUCUUUUAGAGACGGUGGCGGUGGAAAUCGACGUCUUAAAUGAAUCUCUAAAACUGACCAUAAAUGCUCAAUAAUGUUGCGGUUUGGGGAUUGUGCCGGCCAUACGAGGUGCUCAACUUCAUUAGAAUGAUCCCCAUGCCAUUCUUUAACAAUUAUGUUCAAUGAUUAUGAUGCCAAAAUGUAUUUCUAUUAUUUUUUCCAACCCCUGUACAUUCACAGAAAUAGUGAAUGCAUUGCCUUUUUCUGUACAAAAAGAGGAUAAACAAUAUUCAGGCAAGUUUCUAGAAUGUCUUAUAAUAUCCUCUUCAUAUUCUAUGCCUUAACCAGAAUAAAGAUGAAACCUCCGUGAAGUUAGCCCCCAUCGAGGCAUGUUUAUAUAAAAAUGCCAAUUGUUUGUGCUACGUUUGUGCUUGCUUGUGCUGUCAUUUUUCAUAUUAUCAUUACAUAUUUACAAUUCUUACAGGUCAAUAUGAUGUCAACCACUACCCUUAUUUUGAUGAAAAAUGGCUAAAAAAAUUGUCAAUUGUUCGUUUGUGCUGGUUUGUGCUGUAAAAAGUUUCGUUUGGGCUGCUAUCGUUUUCCAGAUACAGUACAGUGGUACCUUGACAUACGAUCGUUUCGACAUACGAUCUUUUCGACAUCUGAUGUAAAAUUUGACUCAUGAUUUAUGACAGCGCCGCAGUUACUUUGUUUUCCUGCAAGACUGACGCACACCGGAUUUUCUUGUGAGAGAAAUAAACAUGGGUUCCAAGAAUGUUAGUGCAGGUGGCAAAAAAAGUAAAAAGGUGAGGCUUACCAUGGAAAUGAUACAAAACUAUGAGCAUAGUCGGCGUGUCCGUGAACUGACAUGACAAUACCACUGUAGAAUGUCUAGAAUCUCAACGGUCCUCCGACGACCUCUGUUGGCCAGAAUUUAUAAGUUAAGGUUACAAUUAUUAUUAUGGUAACAUCGCACAGUCCCCAGUUUCGUCAGGUUUUUAAUCAUUUAUUCCAGAACUUGUGCAACACAACAUGCCUAUUGUCCGCUGCAGCUAGACAAAGUGAAGGUAAUAAGUCCUCCCUCCCUCGCUCACUCUGUCAAGUAAGCAAUGCGGUGCGUUCAGGUACACCAUGCAAAACACAUAUGCCACAUUAGAUCUCCAUUUGUUACAUUAUUACAGGUAUUAUUAUUAUUAUUAUUACUACUCUUACAUUAUUAUUCUGAUUUUUCUCCAAAACAUUUGUUUUGCUCUGUGUAAUUGCGAUUUGCAGUAGAAUCUGCAGCAUUUAUUGAGGAUUGAGUGUACGUUUUGAGGCUGUGGAGCGAAUCAAUGGGAUUAGAAUGUAUUCUAGAAUGUAUUCUAAUGGGAAAAUCCUGCCCGACAUACGACCAUUUCGAUUUACAAACAAGGUCCUGGAAUGAAUUAACUUCGUAUGUAGAGGUACCACUGUAUUGAUAUAUUAAUUUCGAGUGAUGAUGUCAUGCAUCCCCCCACUCAUUGCAAAAUGGACCCGAAAUGGUGCCAUUUGUUUAUGCUACGUUUGUGCAGUAAAAAAUGUUUGUGCUACUAUCGUUUUAUAGAUUGAGAUAUUAAUUUCGAGUGAUGACGUGACUCGCAGCCACCCAUUUACUGCAAAAUGGAUCAGAAGGGGUGCCAUUUGUUUGUGCUAUGUUUGCGCCUGUUGUUGGGAUACCCCUCUGUUAUUGAGAGAGUUGGUACGCUCCGUCAGCCGUGACUGAGGGGCUACGAUUGACGUCAUCACAUGUAAUUAAUAUCUCAAUAACUAUUAAAUGAUAGCAGCACAAACGAAACCUUUUACAGCACAAACAAGCACAAACAAUUGACAUCAUUUUUAUAUAAAUUUGCAUCUGACGGGGGGGCCAACUUCACAGAGGUAAAGAACCAAGGUCCUUACAAAAUACCAUGUUCUGAAUAUAAGGAUAAAGAAACUAUCCAAAUUAUUUUAAGUAUAGCACUCAUAAUUCAAAUAGUUUUUGUUUGAGCAUGUCGUAACUUGUUCAUGGUGACCCAUGAUCCACUAAUCAAAAUACUGUAAAUGAUAUUUUGCUGAUGUCAUCAUGUUAAAGCAUUUUAAAGAGGCUCACCACAUGAAAUUGACAUUAAAGACAGUAAUUGGUUGGAUUGAAUGAGAAUAAAUGCAACAGCUUUCAAAGACCAUAGACCAAAUAAAGACCAAUUUCCCAAAGACUACUGUUGAAUGUUGAAUUUCACAUAGUCAGCACCAAUUUGUUAGCUACUAAAAGAUACUUUUACAAUUAAACAGCCUUUUUCAUUCAGAAAGCUAACAAAUGGCCUUGGCUUUCAUCUUCAAAUGAAAUAAACGGUGUAUUUUUUAAGUUGUAUGUUUCUGAUCUCUUAACAUUGCUGUACUGAACUGUAACCGCAUUUCUUGCCAAUAGAAUGUGUAGAAAAUUAUGUCAUGUUUGCAUGAGAACGAGAUAAAAGUGUCUUGUCCACAACAGGACAGCUAUGUAUUUCAGAGUUUUGCAUCUAAUGAAAUUAUUUGUACAUUGUUGUUGUUUGUCUGAUGAAACAUGUAUACGUUGAAAAGCAUCAAUUAAAACAUUUUAGAAAAAGCUUUACUGAUGUUGUCGUUAUUUGCAGCGGUGGAAUGUAACGAAGUAAAAGAACUUCGCUUCUGUACUAAAGUAUAUAUUUGUGUAUCUGUACUUGAGUACAAAUAUGAACUGGUAUUUUUUACUUUUACUUCACUACAUUUUACAGCAGGUAUUUAUACUUUUUACUUCACUACUUUUCAAAUUGUCGCCUGCGUUA